AUGUCUACAAUUGUCUCUCGCGUUGGGAAUGACAUGAAGAUGAAAGUGGAUUGGAAUGGGAUUGACCAUAAUAGCGGACAGUUUGGUCGGAGCGCAACACGGCUUAGGAACGUUAUACGGGUUCAUGAGAUGUACCAGCGUUUGGACGAUCGCAUGAUUGGUGGCAUUCAUGUGUGCGUUGAGCGGAAAACUGCACUCACCGUCGCAGAAGAAGGCCGCUUGACAUCAAUAGAUACUUUAUUUCUCAACCAAAGUGUGUUGGAGUGCUGCACAACGCGUAUCGAUCGUUGGGAUCUGUGGACACAAAAGUCGUUUAGUUUUUACUUCACAUCAAUUGUUAUACACAUUGUAUACGAAAGAAAAUAUCGUAUUUUAAAAAACAUUUCCUGCGAUGACAUUGAUCCGCAAGAGAUCGGUAUAAUUGGGACGAAUGGACCGAAAGAUCGGCAGCCGUUUACGAUUGCAUUUUUCAAGAGCCGUGGAUCGGGUGGACGCGUCCGCAAAGUUAGACAAGUCUCGCGGAAACGACAACGAAGUGAUGUCUCCUUCUAUGAUCACGACGAGUGGAAUCCCUAUCUUAAUCCCAACGAUCGAUACGCGUCUGGANAGUGAUGUCA